ACACCGUUCAUCAUUUUUCGGCGACGACGUCGUGUGUACCACCCGGCGGUUAUCUCGUCGGCCGCCACUCGCGACUCGCCAGUUCGUCUACGAGUCCGCUAGUCAGCACUCGACAGUCGUUACCAUACCUUAAAUAACUCGCGCUGAUCGCACCCUGCAGGCCAGUAGGCCACAGCCCAAAUGCAGUGAAGUGUCUUACUGGCCACUGCUCAGUGCUUACUAUAUAGUAACUUCACACUCGUCAGUUGUCACCGCUGCUCACUGUGCGUCUGUGCUCACAGUAGUAGUAGUCAAUGAGUCGGUGUCAGUGUCGCAGUAGUGAGUAGUUAGUGGCCUGCGCGCGUCGGUCGCAGUUCGCACGUGAACACUAACACUGAACGACGGCGGACGACGCCAAGUUUUUUUCCUCUCUCGCCGAGUAUGGGAGGGAGUUGCCGAAUGCGUUUUACGAGUAUUAUUUUUUAAUAAUAUUGUUAAUUAAUCAUUACGAAUUACGAAUUACGAUUACCUAGUGAGACUGCCAAUUAAUCACUCACUACGGUAUAUUAUUACGUUCGACGUUUUUCGCGUUUCCGACCACGUUCGAAUCGAUUGUCGACAACAGUUCACCCUGUCGUUUGAAAUGUCUCCUGUUUGGCGGGCAGAGGAUGCGGCGUCUUGACCAUUAUAAUAAAAUAUUUAUAAUGACUACUGCGUGCAGCUAAAACUCGUGUCUACCGUCGUCAACAACCACACUCAUCGUCUUCGUUAUAAUAUAACAAAUCUAAAGUUUUUCUUAUAAUAUCUAUAGAAGGUAGUAGAAAAUGAACAAUAAAUCAUACUCAUUAUUAACUAAAGAGAUGAUCAACAAUUCUGAACAUGAUGGAGCUGUACCAGAAAAUUGUUUUUGCCCAGUUUGCAAUGUACAUAUGAAUAGAGUUAAGAGAUCUCGACCACUUGAUAUCCACCAAGAACAUAAUGCAUUUUCAUCUGAUGGGAUUAAAGAACGGUGGUGUCCUAUAGAUCGAUUACAAACUCUCCGUACCAAUUCACAUCAAACAAUGGAUCAUAGCUCAGAAAGACUGCUAAAAUUAAAUCCUUAUCCAAUUUUGGAUACUGAUCCUACAUUGGACAAUUUAAACUAUUCAAAUGCAUUAUCCAGAUUUCCUCAUUCAUUAGGAAACAAAAAGAAAGAUUAUACUACACAAUCUAUGUAUGAAAUAGAACACAACGAUAGACAAAAUGAUUUUUUUCAAUAUCAUAAUAAUUCAAGACAAUGGGAAGAAACUGAGAACUGUGUAGAUCAAGAGGAGUACAAAAAUAUUGAUCAAUUUAAUUAUACAUCGAAUAAAAAAUAUGAUGUGCACAUAAGACAACCUCCUGUUCAUCGUCAGCGUAAAAUAUUACCAACGGUUCCUCCUAAGCCUCUUAUUUCUACAAAUUGUAUGCAAAAGAUAGGAUGCUCAUCUUUAACCAUAAAUGGUCAUUUGAAUAAUACAAAUUCAAAGAAUAAAGAUCUCAUGGACAUUCCAAAUCAGAAAACGCUUGUCAACCACGAACGAAUAGGUACAUUUAUGCCUGUAGAAUCAAAAGAAAUAUUUAAAUCAAUGAAACAUAUAAAAGAUACAUCUAAGGUAAAAGAAUCGUUGAUGAUUACUAAAGAAGACAAACUAAUUCAUGAACAAACUAGUCCAAAACCAGAAUCAAUACCUUAUAGCGAUAUCUACGAAAAAGAAAAAUCAACAUUCUCUGAUAAAAAUAGUAAACCAUUAACUCUUAACACUAUAAGACAAACUGAUAAUAACACAUCCGUGUUUCCUGUUAAUUCAUAUGGUUUACACAUGGACUUAACAUCUGAAAAUGCUCGAAAAAGCUUAGAAUCUCCAAUAGUGCAAACCCUUAACAAGAGUAUAGAACAAGAUAUAACUAAUGAACCAAAUAAAUUAGCUUUUGACCAUUUGUUUUCAGGUACUCAAAUUCAAAAAGAUAAUUUUGAAUAUCAUUCAGCAUUACGCCCUAGUUUAUUUUCUAAUAUGCCUCCUUACAUAAGAUUUUCUUCCCAUGAUAUUAAAGGUGAAUCAUUUCCAUUAUCUUUGCAAAAGUUAUUAAAGUGGAAACUAAGUUCUAUAACUCCAAUUGUUGUACGUCGAACUAUUCAAAAUAGUGGUUUUAAACUCGUUAGAAAAUCUAAUGACUGGGUUGGAACUUGGGGUAAACAUAUGAAAUCAUUGUGUUUCAAAACACUUCGAGAACAGCAAAAACUUAACCAUUUUCCGGGUACUUUUCAAAUUGGUCGCAAAGAUAGGUUGUGGAAAAACUUGCAUAGAUUAAUGUUAAAAUAUGGUAAAGAAAAUUUUGGCUUUAUACCCACAUCAUAUAUACUACCUCAAGAAGCUAGAAUUUUACGACAAGUUUGGGAAAAAAAUGAUGAAGAUAAAUGGAUUGUUAAACCGCCAGCAUCUGCUAGAGGAACUGGUAUUCGUGUUAUAUCUAAAUGGGGUCAAAUACCAAAGAAAGUACCUUUGGUUGUACAAAGAUACAUAGAUAAUCCAUAUCUAAUCAAUGACACCAAAUUUGAUCUAAGACUAUAUAUACUCAUCACUUCAAUUAAUCCACUUCGGCUAUAUCUUUAUGAUAAUGGCCUUGUGCGAUUUGCUUCUGUUAAGUAUUCAUCUGAUCUUACCACUCUAUGUGAUAGAUAUAUGCAUUUGACAAACUACAGUAUUAACAGACUUAGUAGUCAAUAUACUCAAAAUGAAGAUGCUGAUGCAUGUCAAGGUCAUAAAUGGACAUUAAAAUCAUUAUGGACAUAUAUGGAAAAAGAACGCAACGUUGACGUUAAAAAAUUGUGGGAGAGUUUGGAAGAUCUGGUUGUUAAAACUGUCAUUAGUGGUGAAUCACCUAUGAGUCAAAUGUGUCGUUCAAAUUUGAGCAAUAGAUAUAACGCAUACGAAUUAUUUGGUAUAGAUGUUUUGUUCGAUGAACAUCUUAAACCUUGGAUAUUAGAGGUAAAUAUAUCUCCUUCGUUGCAUUCAUCUUCUCCGCUUGACUUGGCUGUCAAGGGACCAUUAGUCAAAGACCUAAUGAAUAUGGUUGGUUAUCAUAUCCCAAAUAAAAUGUCUCAAAGUACACAUAAUACUUUGCUCAAGAUGUUAGGAGUAAAAUCAUCACUAUGCUAUGAUAAGAGAUUAUAUACAUUCAAUUUAUCUGCUAAGGAAAAAGAAAAACAAGAAUAUUAUUCAAAUGCUGAAUCCAGAGUAGAAUAUAUCGACUGCAUAUUAGAUGAUCUAUUACCAGAUGAUAUUAGGCAUCUUAUAAUUUAUGAAGAUGAACUUACACAAAUUGGCUCAUUUCAAAAAGUAUUUCCAACCACUUCAUCUUUUAAAUAUCAUCAAUACUUUGAAGGUUCUAGAUAUUAUAAUAUGCUUUUUGAUGCAUGGGAAUGUAAAUACAGUAACAACAGAGAUGAAGGCAUUGCUGUGCUUGAAAAGUUAUGUCAGCUGAAAAUUCACCUGGAAGUGCCUGACAUUGAUGAAGAACAAUCAAAAACUUGCGACAUCCACCAAAAUACACAAAUGGAAGUUGAAAAAAUGUUGGAAAAUUCAGGCAGUGAUAAAUUAAGUGACCAUCAUCAAGCGGUCAUCAGUCAUUUUUCAAUGUCUGCUGCUGAACGUCGUCAUAUGGUAUAUACAUCUAUAACAAUGUCUGACGAAGGAGAUUGGAUUAGUGAUGAUUUUCCGUUUGAUGAUGAUUCUGCAUCAGCAACCAGUCAUCCAAUGGUUUCCUGAUAUAUAACCAUGUUAAUGAACACUAAGCAUGCAAUAACAUCAAACCGAUUGCGAUUGUAUGGUUUUGUUCAUGGCUUUUGGACUUGGCUAAAAACACAUAUUAAUUAGUUUUUUAGUUAAAUUAAACAAAUAUUAUAAAUUGUGAUACUUUGGAUAUAUUCCUUAAUGUAGGGGGCAAAGUUUUACUUGCAUUUUAGACUUGAAUAUUGAUUAUUUAUGUAAAUAAUAUUUUUUACAUUCCUACUAGUUGAGGGGUUGUUAAAAAUAAGUGUGUAUAUUUUUUA